UGAAUUAGACAUAAUUUGAUAUGGCUAAACAUUAAUGAGAAGAGAAGGAAAGAUGAAAAGUGCAAGACACUCAACUACAAUUACUACACACACACAUAAAGGAUAAGUCUUUCUCUGUAAAGUUUAUAGUGGAUCUGUAAUAUAAUCAGAGUGGAGUGUGAUUAUUGAAAAUAGAGAGAAAUCCGAAAUGAUCGAAUCUUGCACGAAGAAGCGAAUGUUGUUAGGUAUCACAUUUUUAGGAGGAUUAACAGUUUUAGCACUAAUUAUCGAGAGCCAUUGGACAAACAGUUCAAGUAAACUUUAUGUUGAUAAUUACGAGAAUAAUUCCUCCUGUAUCUCUGGCGAGGAGUAUGAAGUGAUAUCCGAAUGUCAUCCAUGCACUGCCUUUGAAAUUGCUAGUGAAAGCAUUGACGUUUGUGUCCACGCGAGAUAUAAAGAAGUGCUGAAAUGCAAGAGCGGUGAAACAAUAACAAGAAGUUGUGACAAAGUAGCUUGGCUAGAGGAAAAAACAUUCUGGAAGUUUGAGGGUUUUAUGUUGGCUGCAGCAAUCUUGUCUUGCUUAGCUGUAUAUUGGAGAGAGAAUAUAUUAAGACAGAGAAUAAUCAGAAAAGUAGCGAGACAAUUACGAAUUAGCGCAUGAAUGCUAUGAGUUGAGAAAAAUAGAUAGAAAAGUUUUAUAUUUAUAUAUUUUUCACUUGUUCAAGAAAAAGACAAGGAGAAAGAAAU